AUGGAGUGGUGGUGGCAGCUCCUGUUAGGGCUGUGGAUAGUCGUCACGCCCAUCUGGACUGGGGGCAAGCAGCUCUGCAUGAAGACCAAGCACCACAAGCAAGAGCCUGGCCCAGAAGACGUGCUCCACGACCAGGGCAUCCCCUGGAGGGGCAAUGCCUGCUGCACGUUCAGCACAGGCUGGGGUGCCCACACGGAUGCUGCCCUGCUCUACAGCUUCGCCCUGAUUCCCUGUGGGCUGCUGAAGCUGGAUUGUCAGAAGCACUUCUACCAGGCCAUGUGCUUCUACCAGUGCUCCCCAAACCUCGGGCCUUGGGUCCAGCAGGUGGGAAGACUGGGCUGGGAGGUGGACCCAUAUGGGCACGAAGAGGGAAUUUUGGACGUACCACUCUGCCGGGGGGACUAUAUACUAAUGAGUGAGGCAAACAUGGUUCCUGUCCCCAUAGAGCUUCUAUAG